GAAGAAGAGGGAAGUCACGUGAUAUUGCCAGCUCGUCACGUGAGACGCGAGUGUUCCUGUCGCUUCCUGGUUUGUAAGUGAAGUAAAAUGACGACUGCACUGACUCAGGGUCUGGAGAGAAUCCCGGGGCAGAUGGGAUACCUGGUGAUAAGUGAGGACGGCGUGCUGGCUUCCUCAGGAGAGCUGGAGAACGACGAGCGUACAGCGGGUGUGAUCAUGCAGAUGAUCCGCACAGCGUGUCGAUUCAGGCUUCACGGCGCAGCAGAGCCUCCUCUGAAACGCAUGUCAGUGAUGUUCGAGGACUAUGUUUACGCCGUGACCGUCUCCGGACAAAAAGUGUUCGUCGUGAAACGUCAGAACAACCAGCGGGAACCCGUGACUGCUUAACGCUGUGAAGGAAACGCAAAUGAAAGGACAAGUAAUUCCUAUUAAAUAGAUCCUUGGGAUAAUUUACACCACCUUUAUCCUGAUGCCAGCUUGAGGCUGAAGGAAUGCUGAUGAUGAACACUUAGUCUGAUACGAAGAAUCGCGCUUAAAACGUCUCGCACGCUUGGAGGUGUCAUAACUCCUCUGAAAAUAUCUCAGUAAUAUGUAUUUGGCGCUGUGUGUGUGUGUGUGUGGGGGUUAUCCAGACUUGAUGACUGUACUAAUACUGUUGUAGGUGGAUGAUGUUUAAUUCAGUGAUGCAUUGUAAUGUUUGUUGUGUAACUGUUAACUAGUAACAAAAUGUCAGUAUUUAUCCAAAAUACUUUGUGUUCACUCCUUUUAUUUAAACCUGUUAAUUGGAGAAACAAAGAAAAUUACGUUGUACCUUUUUUAUAUUGAUCGGUUCUCAGCCUUUGGGCUGUGACCUUCCAGGGGAACGCCCUAGAUGGGGAUGGGUCAAUAUUUACCAACUAUUACAUACCGUUUCUGCUGGAAUGUAUUUAUGACUGAUAAUAAUUAUUAAAUCUCUUUUCUUGUU